AUCUCUAACUAGCUAAUGUUCCCUAACCUCCAGUUACAUCACCAGCUAGGAUACCCAGAUCAUUUUCCCAUGGAAGAAAAAGAGAGCAAUACAAUCAGUACUAUCUCUCAUGCACUCCCUUUACUCCUUAGGCUUCUUUUAGGGGAAAUCAUUCUUAAUAAUCUUCUCUCGAGCGUCAAGCUCUUUGUCCGACCGCCAUUGAAGUUCGUCUCCACUAGAUGGAAAGUUUGGACAGAGAGGCUAAAGAAAAUUGGAUUUAGUUUAGGACAACCGAUAAAUAACCAACAUCAGUCCAGCUUCGGUACCGAAAGAGUAUAUGAUGGAAAACUAAGCAAAGAAGAAGUACAGAUGGUGAUGGGAAGGCUAGGGAUCUUUUAUAUAGCACAAGGAGAUGAUAGUCAAGAAAGAGUUGGUGCAGAAGAGCUCACAGAGCUGUUUGCGGAAGAGGAGCCCAACUUGGAGGAGGUGAAGGAAGCUUUCGAUGUAUUUGAUGAGAACAAAGAUGGGUUUAUAGAGGCAGAAGAAUUGCAAAGUGUUUUAUGCAGAUUGGGUCUGUCCGAAUAUUCAGGAAUAAGCAAGUGCAGUAAGAUGAUUAAGACAGUGGACAAGAAUGAAGAUGGGAUGAUUGACUUCAAUGAGUUUGUCAAGCUUUUGGAGAACUGCUAGUAUUUUUGCAUUAGCAAAUGAGAAUUUUCUUUCUAGUUUUCCAGCUUCCCAGACUUUCGAGUAUUUAUGGUAUUAUUUGUAUUAAUUUUUUUUUUUGGGACAUAUGUUACAUGUGCAUUAGAUACCUAUAAGAAUGUAUCUCAUUUUUCGCUGAUAAAUUUAUUGUGUAUUUAUAAUUUUGAUAUUGAA